CUAAUAAAGCAACAAGAAUUUACCGAGACUUUUUAAAUGAUGUUAUUAAUGUCAAAAAAAAGUAUACUAAUGAAGAAGAGAUAACCACUGCUCUAACUAACCGAACCAUAAAUAGUGAAGAAGAAGGAUUUGACAAUCGAUUAAGUCAAGACAUCCAAUUAAUUUCAGAAGAUAUCGCUAGAGCGAUUAAAGAAGGCGACUUUAUUGGAAUAGAACCAAUCCGUUAUUUUGUUGAGGGCGGUGUCUUUCCUUGGGAUAAACAAACUCCCGAAGAACUUGAUCAUCAAAUUACUAAACUUGAAAAUGAAAUAAAAGCAAAGUUUUUACUGAUUAAAAAGGCUAGUCAGGGAACAGUAAAAUUAAAUCUUAAAAAAAAUUUAACUGGUAAAACUUGCGAAAACAAAAACCAAGACUUAGAAAGAGCAGUUGAUAAUUUAGUUAACCAGUUUAACUCUCAAAAUCUUACCGAACUUGAGAAUAUAU